UCUCUCUCUCUCUCUCUCUCUAGAGAGAGACUGUGGAACGGAAUCGUCGUCGUCGUCGUCGUCCGCCGGAAUCGAAUCUCCCCGGUGCCGGAAGGACGCCUCCUGGACGGCGCCGCCGCCACCCCUCCGCCCGCCCGGGCCGCCGAUCGCCGCGCCGUUCAUGCAGCCGCCGCCGCUUGAUGCCCUCAUUCCCCACAAUUCCAAGAAGCGAGCGUUCUCGAGGCCAGGUGCGUUCAUGGACUCCGACGUCGUCGAAAUCCAGCCUCCCGUCCCUCGCCCCUCCAAGGAGGCCAAGCAGAAAGAGGUUGUUUUCCAUGAAGUAAUUGAUAUUGACAACGAUGAUGAUUGUGCUGAUCUUGUGGUCAUUGAUAAAAAAGUUGAUGCCACGAGGAAAGGCAAAGCGGUGAUUGAUGUUGAUGAUUACUGCAAUGGUCAAGUAGGGGAUGCUGGCACCCCUCCUGUUCAUGGUGUCAACGGUAGUGCUGAUGGAUCAAUCAAUGGGGGCAUUCCGCUUGACGGUUUAGCGCAGGAUUCACAUGCCUUUGUAAAUCUGGAUGGCCAAAUUUAUGAUCCAUCUUCUUUUGAUGAUGAUUACAUGGACGUUUUUGAAGAUGUCCUGGAUGUUGAUGAAUACGAUACCCUGCAAGCUCAUUUUGAUAAUAUGGAUAUACCUCCAGGUGUGGAAGCACCUAUACCUUGGUUGUCGGAUCUCCCCAAGUAUAAAAACAAGUCUGGUGGUGGAAGUAGUUUGAAUGGUUCAAGCUCUCUGACACAUGCCAAGGCCUCAUUGAGCCUCCAGGAGUUUGAACAUAUUGGCUUGACCGAGCCUGUGGAAACUCUGGUGAACCAUACUUCAGUUAGUAGUCAUGGUCUGCCAGGCCAAGUCAACUCAGCGAGUCAUCCUACUUUGAUGGAUACAUCAACCCCUUAUUUAUUCGCACAGAAUGGCCAAAGUAAAAAGAAUCGUGCUGCUUCACAACGCAGUGGCAAUUCCAAGGGCUUGCCAUUUGGAUUGGAAUCAUUUAAAGCUCGGCGCCUUUUUGAGCCUUUUCGAAAUAAGAAGACGCCAGAUGCAUCUGGCAGUUCUUCUAAAUCCAGUGCUGUAAAUAAAUUCAAUCUCAUGAAGCCUCCAUCUGGAGCUGAGCCUCCUCCAUGGGGCGAAGUUAUCAACAACAGCGGAAACAAUCCUAGUGGUUCAAGCUAUUCAUUUGUCUCUGCAUUCCCUUUUCAAACAGGCACGCAUGCCCCUACUCCUGGAUCAGAAGCAUUUAAUUCAUGGAUGAUGGGCCAUCCUAAGCAUAUCAAGGGUCAAUCAUAUAAACUUCAUUCUGCUUAUUCUAGUUAUGUGUCGCCUUUUCAAUCCUCUGUACAUACCCUUCCCAUGGAAGAGGAAGACGGCAAUUGUCCUGAUCAUUUGACAGAAUUUCAAGGUAAUGGCGUUGAAGAGGAUGUUAUGAGAAAGCUUGAGCUUUUUAAACAAUUCGACACUGUUCAAGAUCAUUCUGAUCAUUAUUAUACAAGUGAUAGUAGUGGAGCGAAGCAACCUUCGAAGAACUGGGCCAAGAGAAUACAGGAGGAGUGGAAGAUUCUUGAGAAGGAUUUGCCAGAUACCAUUUUUGUAAGGGUUUAUGAAACACGAAUGGAUCUCUUGAGGGCUGUAAUCAUUGGAGCUGAAGGCACCCCUUACCAUGACGGUCUUUUCUUCUUUGAUGUUUCCUUCCCUUCCGGUUAUCCUAAUGUACCUCCAAAAGUUCACUAUCAUUCUGGUGGGCUUCGCAUCAAUCCAAAUCUGUAUAACUGUGGGAAGGUGUGCCUCAGCCUCCUUGGCACUUGGUCUGGUCUUCACAAGAAUGAGAAGUGGAUUCCUGGCGUUUCAACUGCGCUGCAAGUUCUGGUAUCAAUACAGGGGCUUAUAUUGAACUCAAAGCCCUAUUUUAAUGAGCCUGGAUAUGAGAGGUCAAUGAACACGGAGCAGGGAGAAUCAACAGCCAUGCAAUAUAAUGAAGAUACAUUCAUCCUAUCGCUGAGAACAAUGACAUAUACAAUGAAGAGGCCUCCUAAGCAUUUCGAGGACCUUGUUGUGGGUCAUUUCUUCAAGUGCGCUCCAGACAUUCUGAUGGCUUGUAAAGCAUACGUAGAAGGUGCUCAGGUUGGAUGCCUUCUUAAAGGUGGUGUACAAGAUGUUGAUGCAGAUCAUAGGGGCAGCUCCCGCACCAGCUCCGGCGCCUUUAAGGAUACUGUGUCUAAGUAUAUUCGCCUUCUGGUGAAAGAAUUCAGGAGACUUGGGAUCAAGGACUUGGAGAAAUUUAUUCCUCCAGCUCCGGCUCCGGCUCCAGCUCCAGCUCCUGUUCCGGCUCCGGCGACGGAGUGAAUAUCCAAAUAACUUCUUGAUUGAGACCAACUUUUUCCGGUAGCAACACAGAUUAAGGUUCUUCUGGACUAGGGAUCAGUAACUUGCUGGAUGUUUUUGCGGAUGAUUUUGGACAAUGUACAUAGGUGUAGAUAUGGAUGAGUUAUAGAAUUCACCUUUGAUGAUAACAUAUGUAUAGAAGAUGUUCUGUUCCGCUGAUCGCUGAUAUGCUACUCAUUAAUCCUUCCAAUCGUGCUUCUAAAUUA